UUUUUCUACGGUUGCUCAACUUCCACUUCCGCGAUGACAUGUGUGCCUCAUAUAGGCUGGGUUGUGUGUUCCUGUGAACAGGCUCAAGUCCUGGACUCCACUGAGACCACACUGAGGUCGAGAUGCUCAUCAUGGGGGCUGUGCUGCUGUUACUAAUUGGUGUGGCUGAAGGUGUGGAGACCUUCUGCAACGCCACACAGCCACACAUCACGACCCAGUGCUUUGGCUCUCUGGGAGGAACCGUAGAGGUCCAGAUGCUUACUCAGUACUCACAAGAUGAUACCUUCAGACUGAAGAAGAACAAUGUCACGAUUUUAUCAGAACGCAAUCAGACAAACAUUCGAUAUUCAUUUAAUGUCAGUACUGGAAUAUUUACUAUAAAGGACAUCGACAGGAAAGACAAUGGUGAAUACUCAAUGGAAGUAUAUGACCGAGAAGCUGGAAGGCUAGUGGCAUCUACAAAAUGUUAUUUAACCAUUCAAGCCCCGGCCUCCUCUCCCCUCAUGUCCCGGGAGUGUCUGUCCUGGGGACAGCAGAGGGUGUCCUGCUCUGCCGGGGGGGACGGACUCCACUACAGCUGGAGUCUAGACGGACUCCCGCUGAACGACCCGCGUCUCCUCUCCGGACCCAGUAGCGCUAGUGACGUCACUCUGGAGCCGGGCCGGUCGGGACUGGUCACCUGCUCGGUCCACAACAUCAUGAGCAACGCCACGGCCAACAUCACCUUGUCUGUGUGUGACGGUGUGAAGACCGUCUGCGACGCCACACAGCCACGCGUCACGACCCAGUGCUUUGGCUCUCUGGGAGAAACCGUGGAGGUCCUGAUGCCUACUCAGUCCUCACAAAAUGAUACCUUCAGACUGAAGAAAGACAGAGUCACGAUUUUAUCAGGACGCAGUCAGACAAACAUUCGAUAUUCAUUUAAUGUCAGUACUGGAAUAUUUACUAUAAAGGACAUCGACAGGACAGACAAUGGUACAUACUCAAUGGAAGUACAUAAUGUAACUGGAAUGGGAGUAGCAUUUACAAAAUGUUAUUUAAACAUUCAAGCCCCGGUCUCCUCUCCCCUCCUGUCCCGGGAGUGUCUGUCCUGGGGACAGCAGAGGGUGUCCUGCUCUGCCGGGGGGGACGGACUCCACUACAGCUGGAGUCUAGACGGACUCCCGCUGAACGACCAGCGUCUCCCCUCCGGACCCAGUAGCGCUAGUGACGUCACUCUGGAGCCGGGACGGUCGGGACUGCUCACCUGCUCGGUCCGCAACAUCGUGAGCAACGCCACGGCCAACAUCACCUUGUCUGUGUGUGACGGUGUGAAGACCGUCUGCGACGCCACACAGCCACGCGUCACGACCCAGUGCUUUGGCUCUCUGGGAGAAACCGUGGAGGUCCUGCUGCCUACUCAGUCCUCACAAAAUGAUACCUUCAGACUGAAGAAAGACCAUGUCUCGAUUUUAUCAGAACGCUAUCAGACAAACAUUCGAUAUUCAUUUAAUGUCAGUACUGGAAUAUUUACUAUAAAGGACAUCGACAGGAAAGACAAUGGUGAAUACUCUAUGGAAGUACAUAAUGCAGAUGGGAGGGGAGUAGCAUUUACAAAAUGUUAUUUAACCAUUCAAGCCCCGGUCUCCUCUCCCCUCCUGUCCCGGGAGUGUCUGUCCCGGGGACAGCAGAGGGUGUCCUGCUCUGCCGGGGGGGACGGACUCCACUACAGCUGGAGUCUAGACGGACUCCCGCUGAACGACCCGCGUCUCCUCUCCGGACACAGUAGCGCUAGUGACGUCACUCUGGAGCCGGGCCGGUCGGGAUUGCUCACCUGCUCGGUCCGCAACAUCGUGAGCAACGCCACGGCCAACAUCACCUUGUCUGUGUGUGGCGGGCUCGUCCCGUUCAUCGUUCGUCCUCUGACGGUGGUGCUGCUGCUCCUAGCAGCAUUGGGAGUCUACUGGGCCCUAAAGAAGAAGAAAACCUCCAGCCCCCGAGACAUCGCGCUGUCCUCCAUGGCGGUAGAUGAUGGUGUGACGUACGGUAACGUCUCCGGGGCGACCGGGAGGGCAGGGGGACAGUGAGGCGGAGUACGGGGCGGUCAGGGUGGCUCCAGGCCCCAGGCGGACGCGGGAGACCAAUGUGGGCGAGCUAGUGCGCGCUCAGCCCAGGAGGACGAGGCCCUGAGAGCUGUCACCACCCAGAAGGACGCGUAGACAGCGCUUUAGCCAGAGAGCCAUCAGCCCACUGACAUUAGACCUGCCAGGGACACUUCUCUCCCUGCAUCUCAAAGGCCACUUCGUUUGAAAAUGUGAAUGUUUAUUCGGCCGAGGUUAUGUUCAUAUUUAUGUUCAUAAAGCCGUUCACAUGUAGUUUAAACCGUGUAGUAGUCAAAUCUCAACUCUUAUUUUUAUUAUUAAUAGUAUCUAUUUUUUCCUCUGUUGUUGUCCACGGUGGCUUCCUGGGUCAAGGAUAGAAACUGAUCCAAUCAAAUAAUUGUGAUAGCUCGAUCUCUGAAAGCAAUAUUCUGCAUGUGAAACUCUUAACAUAUAACUACUAUUUUCUUUAUACUAUACUGAAUGUGUAACUUUAUUUCAUUAUUUUUUACACUAUUAUGUAUGUGUAACUGGCUUGGAUGCAUGUCUGUAUGAUAUAUACUAUUUUUUUAAAGAGUAGGCCUACUU